GCCCCGGAAGCGGCGGGAUUUCCUGUGCCCGCCCCGCGCUGGCCGCCGUCGCCUGUCGCUGGCUGUGCGGGCCGCGGGCUCGGCCGCGCCAGGCGGGAGGCAGCACCAAGGGCCCGAGCCGGGGUCACAGUCUGUGCUUGCCGCAGAAAUGCUUUCUGAACAGCCUGUAGUCCUGGGAGCAGGAUGGGAGUCGACAAAUGUACAUCUGGAUGGAGCAGAGUCCCAGAUGGAGAGAGGAAACCAGGAAGAGGGCCCAUGGAGAACAGCACCAGGGGCGCUGGAGCACCUUCACUGUGACCUUGAAGAGGAGCCACUGUCCCUUCAGGAGAAGUCUCAGUCUGCUCCCUAUGCUCCAGCAGUUCCUCAGGAGGGCAACACUGCAGACUGGGAAAUGGCAGCCGCACUUCUUGCAGCUGGAUCCCAGAGAAGGGAAGGUCGAGUGGAGGAAGGAGGCUGUGAUACAGUCUGCAAGAAAGGAUGAGGAGGGACUGGUAACCAUCAAGGAUGUGUCAUUGUGCUUCUCCCAGGAGGAGUGGCGGAGCCUGGAUCCCUCGCAGACUGACUUUUAUGGAGAAUAUGUCAUGCAGGAAAACUGUGGGAUUGUCGUCUCUCUGAGGUUUCCGAUUCCCAAACUGGACAUGCUUUCUCAGCCAGACGGAGGAGGAGAGCAGUGGGUACCUGACCCCCAGGACUUAGAAGGGAGAGAUAUCCUGAAGGUCACAUAUACAGGAGAUGGGAGCGAGCAUGAAGGUGACACUCCUGAAAUGGAGCCGGAAGCUCCCAGGGUGUUAUCCGGUGUAUCUGAAGAAACUGUUCCCUGGAAUCCAGGCCAGGCUCAGAGCUGGGAGUCCAUGCCUAGGGGCCCCAGAGACAUGCUCCUAAGCCCACCCUUUGUUCGGGAAGACAUCUUCUCAAGCCUUCUGGGUAGUGCUGAGAUGGACACUCUCUUAAAGCCCCAUACGUGCCCUCAGUGUGGGAAACGGUUUGUGUGGGGCUCCCAUCUCACCAGGCAUCAGCAAACACACACUGGGGAAAGGCCCUACAGCUGCCUCAAGUGUGAGAAAAGCUUCGGGAGAAGGCAUCACCUGAUUAGGCACCAGAAAACCCAUCUACGUGACAAGCCAAGCAGGUGUUCUGAGUGUGGCAAGAAUUUUCGAUGCAACUCCCAUCUGGCCAGCCACCAGAGAGUCCACGCGGAGGGUAAGUCCUACAAGGGCCAAGAGAUCGGAGAGAGUCCCGGGAAUGGGCAGCAGCAGCUUGCCCCACCGGUGCCAAAGUGCCAUGUGUGCACCGAAUGUGGGAAGAGCUUUGGCCGAAGGCACCACCUCGUGAGACACUGGCUGACCCAUACUGGGGAGAAGCCCUUCCAUUGCCCUCGCUGUGAGAAGAGCUUUGGUCGCAAGCACCACCUGGACAGGCACCUGCUGACCCACCAGGGACAGAGUCCUGGGAGCAGAUGGGACAGAGGGACAUCUGCCUUUUGAAAUCCGUCUCUUCUGUAGCUAUGGUCAAACCUCUCAGCCGGUUCUAUCAGCAGCCACUGCCAGAGAUGCCCCUCUCCUGGACCCUGAUGGCCAGAGCAUUUCUUACCAUUUCUCAAACGAAAACAGAGUUCUUUGGGCAAAAUUUUGGGAAACAGUGCAAAAUCUGUGUGUGAUUAUUCAGCUUGAACCCACUGCCAAGAAAACAGUGGAACCAGUAGUGAUGGGUGAGGUUCGUUUUCAUUGGUUGGAGACUAUGUUGGAGUCUAAAUAUUCAUGCAUCACCCUUGUGUGCUGAUUAUUUUAUAUCCCCUUUGAAGAGGGGAUAUAAAGUGAAAGGGGCCAUGUCAGUAUAUCAAGGGCCCUGAGAACUACUGCAGUCAAAUUAGUGUCUAUUAAUGCAAUGUUUCCUAAAUUUAUUUGGCCUCAGGAUCUAUUUCAGAUUCCCACAGAACUGGUGACCCUGUGAAAUGUAUUUCUGUCAUCACUGGGUUAAAAGGCGACGAGGAAACAAGAAAGAAACAGUGACCAGACACUCAGAACCCCGAUGUUGAUCUAUGAAAGCAUGGGGGCCAGACAUUGUUGUAUAGGUCUAUCAUCUUCCCCAUCAUUACACGUGCCUCUCACCCUUACCUCUGAAAAACAUAGAGUGGCCUUUCACUUUCUAUUCUAUUCUAUUCUCUCUCUCUCUCUCUCUCUCUCUCUCUCUCUCUCUCUCACACACACACACACACACACACACACACACACACACACGGCUGAGGAUCAGAUUACAAAGCUAAAGGAUGGACUUUACACCCCAAGUAGUCCAGGCCCACGCCGAAGAAAACACUAUUCCCCUCAAGAGCCUUCCCUUUGUAUUUGGUGUCUGUGUACGUGUGAAGAAUCUUUGUGGAAAGCAUGCUCAGGGCAGACUGGACUCACGAGGUGUUCUAGGAUUGUGUUCUAAGGUAAGACUAGUGGGGACAGUAUGCGUUUCUGUUUUUUUUUUGUAAAGGGAUUCUCAGUAGAACGGUGCAAUGGUGGCUUAAGUUGUGUACGUUUCCCCCGGAAUUCUUGGGAUGUAGACGUUUGUGGAUUUGUAUAUCUAAGUCAGAAUCUCUGUGAUGAAAAUUAUUUUUUCCCACAUAGAUGGAAAGAGACUAUUUUUUGUUGACUUCAAGCAAGGUGCCAGUGGGUCGUGCUCAGUGCAGUUUUGUCUUGUUUUAAGUGCUACAAGAUUAGGACAGGAAUAGCAGCACCAGAAGUUACUCCCAUUAUUCUUGUUGGAUUUUCUUAGCUUCUUCAAAGGGAAGAACUGUUGUCGAGCAUCUCAUUCUCCCAGGAAAAGGGACUUUUGGGGAAAAGGCUGUAGCUAGGUCUGGCACUGGUGAGGGUAAAAGAGCUCUCUGAGAGGGUUCCUCUGUGUUCUGGAAAUGACAUUACACCGAGACUCUUGACUCUAAGGUUAGCCGCCUGCAAUGUUCUCACGUCUGUUGGCUCAUGAGUUGGCCACUGUUUUUCUUUUUGGUGGUGGUAUUAAUCUUACAAUCCAACCAGUUUUAUAACGUACAAUUUAUCUUCUAUAUAAGAGAAGUUUGGAGUUGGGGAGGAAAAGAGCAAAGUAUGUAAAAGUGGAUAUUUUUCUCUUCAAGGUUUUCAUGCUGUUUUUGUUUCCCCUAAAAUAUUCAUUUCUCAAAUACAGUUGGAAUUAGCCAGAGAAGUAGGAGGAAGUGGUUUGCAGCAAUCUAGUUGAUGCAGGUACUGCUCAGAAAGAUCUGGGUGAAUCAGACAGAGCUCUUGGGCCCUGGGCUCAAGAGGAAUUGAAAUAGAGUCAUGUUGCUGACUGGGCCUCCUGGUUAAGUAAGCAUCCUCACAUCAACUCCCUCCUGCUGCUGAGACUAGCCUUCCUUCUAGAGCCGGAAUGCAUUUGUCUUGUGUUCUGAUGAAUUCAGCAAAAGCAGACAGCCCUUUGCGAGCAGACCUUACCCUAGGCCCCAGGAACAAGGUCAGUCUGGAGUCAGUGUUGAGAAACAGAAAAAUCUCCCACUUAAGUCAGUUCUGGGUAACGCCCUUUGUAGGAGAACAUGUUUCAAAGGCUCAUUGUGGUAUCUCACACCUGUAAUCCCAGCGCUUGGGAGGCAGGAGGAUGGAUCCCUGACUUCUGGGUUAGCAACAGCUAUGUAAUGAGAUUCUGUCUAAAAACCAGAAGGAAUUUAUUCCUGCCUGACUCAUGGUUGUUGUAUAGAUCCCCGCGUCAAGAAGUACAAGGCAAGAUUCAGGACAUAUUUUAAGGAUUAAAAUCCUAAAGCUGUCCAGAGAUGAGGACAGGGCUGGAUCACAAUACUGGAAUCUGCUUACACCAUCCUCUGUCCAUAGGGACACGGGCACACUCACAGCUCAGCUUGCACAGCUGUCUUUAAGGGCAUGCGGAAGUUACCUUCCAUCUUAUCAAAUUAUGCCUGGUGAUGGCCACACUUAACCUCCAGCCUUUUCUCUCUCCUAGUCAUUGCAGGGAUAGGAAGUGGAGCCCCCAAAGUGUAGGUGCACCUACAGCACCCCGCUGACAGGCAGGUAGAGUCCAAGGGCUUUGUGCAAAAGGAACAGCCCUUUGGCUCAUUUCCUCAUCUGGCCUACCUCGGUCCAAUACCACUGCCUGUGCACAAAUAAUAAAACAAGCAACAGCCAUUAAAUGAAUGAAUAGGUCCCUUUCCCCCCCACAGGAAACUUUCCACAGCUUCAAGCUUUCACCUUCUCAACUCUGUACCUCAUGACCACACUAUCCCUUUAACUUUUUGAAGUUUUGUGUGUAUGAGUGUUUUGCCUGAAUGGAUGUAUAUGCACUAUGUGUGUCUGAUGCUCUCAGAGGUCAGACAUGGGCAAUGGAUCUCCCAGAACUGUCAUUAUGGACGAUUGUGAUCCACCAUGUGGGUGCUGGGAAUGGAAUCCCUGUGCUCUGCAAGAGCAACAAGUGCUCUUAAAUGUCAAGUCACCUUUCCAGAGCCCUGCACUGGCCCCUUUAAAUAAAAUGUACCGGUGUUCUCUCUAGAAAAUUGUAAAUAGGGUGGUCUAUAGGGAGGAGCCCAUUGUGCAUCCCUGUUUAUGGUAUGUCUUCAUUAUUCUGGUUAUCCGCCCCUUUCAUUCUCCUAGAGAAGCCUUACACAGAACUCGGUAGCCCAGAGGGUAUUGCUUUCUCAAGGUGCUUUGUAUUCUAGAGAGAUGCUAUGCUUUCAGGGGAGGUAUGGGGGCCAUGGUUUGGGACAAAACUUCUCCCGUCCCAACACUCCUACAAGGAAACCACUGUUUCCUGUCUCCACCAAGGGCAGUGUGAGCCCUGCCCCACACCUAGAGGUUCCUUCUGUCCCUCUUCCGCCAAUCACACUGAACAGGGGUGGGUGAAACUGAGCUGAAAAGAUCCCAUCAUUCUCUGUGUGCUCUACCACACUGUGUUUCUAAGAGUGUGGCCUUUGACCCCAAUGAUGUUUUUUAAAGCAUGCCCUCCAGAAUUGAGGACCACUGGCUGAACUCAGAUUUCAUCCAAGCAACGAUGCUGCUUCACCCUCUAAGUGGAACAUCACACUCAGGAGGCCCAUCCUGGGUCCUGUCCCCUACUUUCUUUCCUUGUCCCCGACGGACUAGCGUUGGCCACCAAUAUCUGUAACGUCAAGUUCCUGUAAUCGAUUGGGACUGGAGAUUUCAAUAUCUCAUUGUUUUACACUGCAAACAAAACAACCGCUUGAGUCCACAGCUCAGGCGCUGCCACCACUUCUGCUUCCCCAUAAGUGACACACUUCCUGUUCCUUCCUCACUUUUAUCUGGGUUUUGAGCAAUCUCACCCCUUUCCAAAGGUAUCUAUUCUGCCCUAUUUCUGUCUCUGAGAACCUAGUUUCUUUCUCAAGUUUCUGAUGAAUUCCACUCCAUUGUGAUCCCAUCUGUUCCUCUGCCCACUGCCGAGUUUCAUCUUUAACUCUCCCAUGCUGAGGUCAACCCGUUCUUUCCAUUCCUUCCCCUAAAUUUUUGGCUCAACUGGGGUAGGCAGGAAGCCCUACAAGGAUGACCUAAAUUGCCAUAUUCUAAAUUUCUAUUCCCUGUUCAUCUCUCCAGAUUUUUUUAAGGCCAUGACAGAGUAUUGCUAAUGGGUGAGUUUGUGGGGUGAAAGGCAGGUUGUGCCUCAAUCUUGACCAGCCCCCAGUUGCCCCUCCAAAUCCUGCCUCAGUAACAAGUCCCCUCAGAUUACCCACCUCCCAGUUUUGCUGGGUCAGAGAUCAGCUUUAGAGGGCACUGCAGUGCUGCAUGGAGAGGGUGGGGCCCUUGAAUGAGGACAGACCUUGGACACUCCCCUCCCCAGUUCUCCACCAGUCUCAGGGCCACUCUGCAAGGGCCUGGAGUAUGGAGGCCCAGGUGGUGAUGACCUCCUCCAACUGACCUCAAGGCAAGUUCACAGAAGCUAGGUAUUUAGGGGAAGCUAAAAGAAGCUUGAAGCUGGCUCAGGUGGAGUUAAGACACAGAGAAAGCUGGCUCUGGGGUUGCUUUGAAAGGGAUGAGACAAGGGCCAUAGAGGCUGACGGCUGACCCACUGAUCUGUUGAGAACAAGCCCGUGGCCCUGCAGGAAGAACCUCUUUACCUCAUGAGUGUAGCACAGGGCCGUAGGAACCCCGUACAAUGAAAGAAGCCUAGGGGACCCUGCUGAAGGGUGGUGCUACAGAUGUCUCUGAGGGUUUCUCAGGCUGAUUCAUGUCUCCUUGUGUUCACUCUUACUUCCCCUCAACCACUUGAGAAAACCUUUUCAACAAAUCUGGUCUUUACCACCACAAGGGGAAAAAAGGACACAGAUAGAAAUUAGGGAAUUGAGAAAAAAGGAAGGACAGCCAUUGUGAUCCUGAAUUCAUUGGGCGCAACCCUGUCUGCAACUAGCUUCAACAAAUACUUGAAAUUCUGACAUGCUGUCUACUCCGUCCAAGCUUUCAUGCUCACACCACUUCAGGUUUUAAAUUCUCUUCUUUGGAUCUUGUUGUGUUGUCCCUAUAUUAAAUCCUCAGACUGCAAGUUUUCAUGUUUCUGGGUGCUUGCCUUUUGGCUUUAAUGAGAGUCAGCUCAACCAGAUAGCUUGCCAUGUUGGAGUUCCCCAGAAGUGAGAGGAGGAGAAAUUUGCUAAUUUGAGACCCUUGACAUUCAAAUAGUGUGGAAGUGGGUUCUAGACAUGUAACCUUCACCAACACAGAAACAAUAUAAGGAAGGAGAUUAUAGAAAGACACAGUGGUUAGAUGCCAAAGGUACGCAGAACACCUAAUAGACCAGACCAGAGAAGAAAGCUUAGUGAAAACACUAAAUCCACACAGCAGUGAGGGGAUAUUGACAGCUUCAAGAGAAAAGACACAAGCCAUGCUGUGAUGGCUCUUCUUAGUUGUCAUCUUGACUACAUCUGGAAUCAACUCUAAAGCCCAAGUGGCCGGGUACAUUGCUAACAUUUUUGUUCUUAAGUAAAUCAUCUGAAGUAAGACAAACAUCUGCUUUUAAUUCAGAUCUUUUGAGUAGGAAGAUCCCCCCUUUAAUCUGGGCAACACCUUCUGAUGGCAGCCAAGUCCCAAUGGGAACUUUUGUAAUUAAAAGCCAGAAGAGAUUGAGGCAAUGUACUCCAAGAUCUAAAAUCAAGCCACAAAUGCCAACCCAGACCACUUUACUUAGCAAAGCUAUCUGCUUUGGUUGAAGCAUAAAGAAAAACAUUUUAUGAGAACACACACAACAUACACAUGCACACACAAACACAAUCACGCACGCACACACACACGUUCUUUCUGACUUACAGAGAAUACCAGAUUACUGCAGACUGAAGAGAGGAAUAAACACAGCAAAAAGGUCAAAUAAAAAAAAAAAAUGAAGCUGCCGGGCGGUGGUGGCGCACGCCUUUAAUCCCAGCACUCGGGAGGCAGAGGCAGGCGGAUCUCUGGGAGUUCGAGGCCAGCCUGGUCUACAAGAGCUAGUUCCAGGACAGGAACCAAAAGCUACGGAGAAACCCUGUCUCGAAAAAUCAAAAAAAAAAAAAAAUGAAGCUAUAUUUACUGAAACACAAAAUCGGACUAUGAACACAAACAGGAAAAAGAACGAUACACGCUGUUCUCAAUUAUAGCUUUACAUAACCCAGCCUGUUAGUCUGUGUCUUUCCUAUUGAGGAAUUGAGACCAUCUGCACUGAGAGUCCUCAAGGAGCAGUGUUUGCUGACUCCUGUUAGUUUUUUUUUAUGGUGUGGGGUUCCCUCCCCAUGUCUUUUGAUUUGCUGUCAUGGGAUUAUUUAUUCCUAUGUUUUCUUGGGUGUUUCUCUUGCAGCUUUUAAAUUUUCUUUCUCUUAUGUGGUUAGUGUUCUAAUUAUAUGUUGUGAAAAUUUAUUUUCUAGUCUGGUCUUUUUGGUGCUAAUUAUGCUUCUUAUACCUUGGUAGGGAUUUUCUCCUUUAGGUCAGAGAAAUUUUCUUCAUUGAUUUUGUUGAACAUAUUUUCUGUGCCUUUGGCCUGGAUUUCUAGGUCCUCAAUUCCUGUUAUUCUUAGACUUAGUCUUUUCACAGUAUCUCAGAUUUCCUGAAUGCUUUGUGCCUGUUUGUUUUUUUAAAAAAAUUUAACAUUUUCUUUGACUAAGGAAUCUAUCUUUUCUAUCUUGUGCUCAAUCCCUAAGAUUUUUCUCUUGUAUGUUGUAGUAGUGUGAACGCAAUUGUCCUCAUAAGCUCAUAGAAAGUGGGACUAACAGGAGGUGUGGCUUUGUUGUUGGAGGAAGUGUGUCACUGUGAGGGUGGGCUUUGAGGUUUCAUAUAUGGUCAAGUCAUGCCCAGUAUCUCAGGCCACUUCCUGUUACCCAUAUAUCAAGAUGUAAAACUCUCAGCUCCUCCAGCACCACGUCUGCCUGCAUGCUGCCAUGUCCCAUCGUGAUGAAGACACAACAAUAAUUUUUUUAUAAGAGUUACCAUAGUCAUGAUGUCUCUUCAUCGCAACAGAAACUCUAAAACAUAUGUCUCGUAUUCUGUUGGUGAGACAGACUUUGUUUCACGUCCUAAAAUUUUAAUCUCCAGUUUUACCUCAAUUUGGGUUUUCUUUAAUUUUAAUUUCAGACACUCAACUGUUUCAUUCACUUCCUUCCACUGUUUAUGCUUUCACAGACUUUAUUAAGGGGUUGAUUGAUCUCCUCUUUGUGGUUUUUAAGCGUAUUCAUAAUAGCUGUUUGAAGGCUUGGCUUGUGCUUCAGCUGUCUUGCUUUUCAGGAACUUUUCUGUAGGAGAGUUGCUGGACUCUGGCGGAGGCUUAUAGGUUAGGGUGGUGUGGGUGUGGUUUCUCAGUGGCAUCUAGGUUUCUAGAUUUGUGGAUAUCCAUGAUUGUAGGUGUUGAUAUAUGGUCUUUGUAGGGUCGAGGGCUCUGUUACUUGGUUCUGUCACCUGCUCUGGAUCUGAGGAAACUGUGGUGACUAUGGGUUGUCUCAUAGGGAGUACUUCUGAGUCCCUGCCACUAGGGUUCCUGGGGGUUCCUGUAGAAUGUGUUUCUAGAUAUUUGGGGCUGGCGUAAAGGAAUGGGCUUGGACUAAGAGAGUAAAGGUCUGGAAGUGUCUAUAGGGAGAAGGGAACGGGUCUGCCACAAGAGUUAACAAAGCCCUCAGAGAGGGAAGUCAGAGAGCAAGCAGUGGUCGUACACAGUGCCGUGAGUGGUCUUACACAGGGCUGUGAGUGGUCUUACACAGUGCCGUGAGUGGUCUUACAGGGCUGGGAAUGAUACAGCUGUCUUUGAGUCAUUUCUGCUCCUGUCAUUAACCUCUCACCCAUAUGUAGUAACAAGGGUGGCGGGGCUGUGUCCUCAGCACCCCGGCUGCCUGGCUAGCUUAUGCCCGAAAUAACAACACACAAACUGUAUUCAUUUAAUCACUGCUUGGCCCAUUUCUAUCUAGCCUCUUCUAGGCUAAU